UGGCCUCAGCCUCCCAAACGUCUGCUUCCGUCGACCCCGUACUCCGUAGACCGCACGAACAGACGACGGCUUGUAUAUACCUUACUCUGCCCAGCUGCUACCACACACACACAUCCACGACCACGAUCACCCACAAGCCCCUGUGGAGCUUUUUUCUCGCGACAAAGUCACGAUAGCCUCCCAUCCCCCGCUCGCUCCUGACUUGGCCAACCCCGAACGAUUGCGCACGCCGAGACACCCCGCGCCUCUUUGUACACACGACCUACCUACCGCCCUGAUCACGACCAGCCGAUCGGCCACGUCCUUGAAAUGGCCUCUGGGCUAGGAAUAGAUGCUUCGGCGGGUCGCGGUCGUCAGGGCUCCUUUGUGAGCGCCGGCCCUCGACCCAUCCACAACAGCAACCAGGACAGAGACAACCUCAACCGCCACCGCCGCGAGUCUCUCGCUGGGAGCCUCAUGGGAGGCGGCAUCAGCAGCUGGGGCGGCUUGUCAUUUGGCAGCUUUGUCCGCGAUGAUAUUACCAUGCAAGGCACAUCGCCCUUUGGCGGGGUGCACCAGUCCCCGUCAUUCCACUCCGGUAGCUACCUCCCCAAGUUGGAGGCGAGCUUUAUGAAGGAUUUCACCUGCUGCGGUCAGAAACUCGACGACCUGCAUGGACUCCUUCAACAUUACGAAGAAUCGCACACCGACGCCAACCCUGACGGCGGCUGGAGGAACACUAACUUUGCUGCCUUCACGCCCAAUACGGGACUUCCGGGAAACAACAAUCUCGCAUCGAAUCCGCCAACGCCUGGUCAGACCACAGCUCGUCCAUCGCCGACGCAGGUCGGUACGCACAUGCCUGGUGGAAACCUGCCCCUCAUGGGAGCGGUGCAGCAGAAUGACGACUUCAACAACUCGCAGUUCGGAGGCCUAAACACCAACCCAGAUCUGGACGCUGUGGCCGACAUGGAAAUGGACGAUGCGGUCGGUACCAUGGAGUUUGAUCAUGGGAACCAGCAGCGCAUGCACCAGACCCGACAUAUGUUUGGCCAGCAGCAGCGCCCACAGCUCAACAUGGACACGUCAGGUAUCACACAAGGUCUACGCACAUCCCAACCCACAACCCCGGCAGCCUCCAACUUUGGCUUCCAGCAUAACCCUACCGUGUCUUCUGUCAACACCCCGACUCUAUCCACGCAGCAGUCACAUCAGCAGCAGUCCAUGGACAUGGACGGCAUGGACGAGGACCUCCCAGGUAUGCCCAUGGGCGGGGGCAACGUUGAUAUUGCCAACGGCAACUUCGGCAAUGCCAAUGGGAACGCAGGCAACCACUCGAAUGCCAAUGGGAACGGUACGAAUGGUAACAGCGCCGACCCGAAUCUCUGCAUCAACGAUCCGGGCAGACAUCUUUUCAGUCCCAAUGGCACUUUCCCACAAGGAGGCAAUCGCGCGAUACAACAGCAGCUCGCACAGCUGGGCAUUCACCAAGGCCAGCAGAUGAACGACCCGCAGGCGAAUCAGCUCCUCAUUCAGCGCCUGCAGAGCAUGAUGAUGAAUGAGGAACACAAGCCGUUCAAAUGCCCUGUCAUUGGCUGCGAGAAAGCUUACAAGAACCAGAAUGGCUUAAAAUACCACAAGUCCCACGGCCACCAGACCCAACAGCUACAUGAGAACGGAGACGGGACGUUCUCCAUCGUGAACCCAGAGACUAGUGCUCCUUAUCCGGGCACUCAAGGCAUGGAGAAGGAGAAGCCCUUCCACUGCGAGACCUGCGGCAAGCGCUACAAGAACUUGAAUGGCCUCAAAUAUCACAAAUCGCAUUCGCUACCAUGCAAUCCUGAUUUCAAGCUGCAGGCUGAGGCUGCCGGUAUCAAGCUCCCACAAAUGGGCAUCAACGGUGUUGGCAUGGUCUCCAAUGAGUCGACACCGCAACCACAGGCAUAGGUGCUCUGAGUUAUGAGAAAGCCUCGUGCGAUUGGCAUUCGCAUGCCGUGAGGACCACACUCAAACAAUCUGGAUUGAGAUGCAUGAGGUCAUCAGCUAUUCGAUCGCAGAUUGCUGGUGACGUCGUAGCUCGAAACGCUGAUUACGCUCGAAAGCGGCAAUCAUCCAGUUAUCACAAAUGGAUCGCCAGCCGCUGCCGCUACCGACCCUGGUGGCAUGUCACAUCGAGGAGCAGAUCAGCUUCGAU